AAAAAAUUUUAUUUAAUUUUUUUGUAAUUUGUCCUUAAACUUAAAAACCAAGUAGCUAUACAACGAACUGAAGUAAAUUACCGAAGACUAAUAUAACAAUUUGAAAUAAGUUAAUUAAUUAAAGUAUAAUAAUCAUAUAUAUAGUCCGAUUUUAAUUGGAAUAAUACACAGGUAAAAAACUUAUGUAGUUGAAAUUAAGUGUUUCAUAAUUAUUUUGUAUAAGUUAAAUAAUGUGUAUGUGCGCGUGCGCGUGUGUGUGUGUUGGAAGAUAUAUAGUAAUAGCACUAUAUAAUUUGAGAUUAUAUUAAAUUACAUAAUUUCAAAUUUAAAAAUAAUGUUUUGUUAACUGAAGAUAUUGGGUUGAAAACGCGAGGAUAUUUUUGAAGUAGGAAAUUCAAAGGUAAAAGCUCUUGCUAUUGAUUUCUGUCAGUCAAAUCUAGGAUAAUCCCGAGGAUACGCAGAUACUAUGUGAAACGACAUAUAUGAUAUUAAGAACGUCUGAGCUUCUUGGAAUUUCUUCACCGCGGCUUUAUUCGAUCCCGUGCUAAGGAUAAGCUUUCACAAAUGCAACACCAUAUGACGAAAAAAUAAAUUUAUAGAGAUACUCUUUAAAAAAAAUCUCUGAGAAAUGUUCAGAUUAAAAUUUAUAAACAGUUUUUUAAGAUUUACAACAGUUUUUUAGACAUCCCAUUUUUGUAGAGCUACGUUUUGAAUAUAAUUAGUUGUGAUUUUUAAUACAAAUUAAAUGUAGAUAGAUGCAAUAUAAAGAACUAAUGUUAAGUUCAUAAAAAGGUGUUUUUAGAAAGAAAAACCGAGAUAUAUUAAAAAAUUAAAUAUUUUCUAUUUUAAUACAUACAGAAAGAUCUUUGUAUUCGAAACUAUUGUAUUUGAAAGGAAACUAAAGUUUCUGAGAAUAGAAAAGAUAAUUGUUUUUUAAGAAACACGAUAAAAAUCCAACAAUGUAUUAUUUUAUUAUAAUAUAUUCUGCUGUGUAUUAUCUCAAAUCUUAAGAUAUAUUAAUUGUAAGAAAUAGAUGAAGAAAAACUUAUUAUUAAAUUGGCAUUACUAAUCAAUUUUUGAAAUCAGAGUUGUUUUUUCGAAACCAUAAAUUUGAUUAUUCUUAUAUAGAUUUAUUACCUUACAUAUAAUAAGUGACAAGACAGAGUUCUGUAGAAAGCUGUGGUUAAUAUUUUUCGAAAACACGAAAUAUUAUUUGAUUACUGCCGAUCAUUAAUUGUUUUUAUUAUACUCACUUUUUGCGAGCAAAGUAUUGAGAAAACGAUCGGAAUUGUAACUUAGAUAUAUACGAGAUAUAGAGGGCGGGGACGCGUCGCAUUCUAUGGCAACCUCGGUAGAAUCGGUGGAGGAUGGGUGUAUUCGCAAUAUCGACGUAUCCUAUAGCGCCGGCGCCGAGAGGGUGAGAGGUAACGAGAGGGUGAGAGGUAACGAGAGGGUGUACUCAGGGCGGAGAAGAGCGAGAAGUGGGAGAGAAAGAGAGAACGAGAAGAAGGGAGUGCAGCAUCUCGCUCGCGACGAACCAGCUUUUUCCGGCGAAUGUCUCUCAGUGUGAGGAUGGACCGGCGUCACGGCGCAGCCAGCGGACGUGUCGUCGUGUGUCGCCGUCGACGGAUGCAUUGUGAAUCGGAUUAAUUCGGGGUGACAUCACGUAACCCCGCCGGGGAAGGAACAUGUGACGCGACACACACGUACCCGCGGACAAAUCACAAAAGUCUUCCAUUAGCUUAAUUUAAUCUGCUAGCGCGGUUUCUAUUCCGCUCCUCUAGGUCGUUCCUAAGUGUUAAGUCUCGAGUUAGAAUAUCGCGAGAUAGAGUUUAAGUCUAGCGUUAAAGUCUUAUGGGAGCAAACGUGAUGGUACGCGUUAAAUUUAUAAAGAAAAUAUCGAGUAAUUGAUUGUGAUAAAUGAAAGACAUCUGCAAGAAAGAUCGCGCAAUUUUUAUUUGAAUAUAUAAUGCAUAUAUAUAUAUAUAUAUAUAGAUAUAUAUAUGCGAAAAAUAUCUAUUACACAUCUAUUGCAUGGUUCAGUGAUAAGAAAAAAAAUCGGCAAGAUUUCUUUAGAAGCAUCAUACGUUUUAUUGGAAUGAAUUGUAACGUAGAUACGUACGGAAAGUAAGAUAUCGAAUGUCAAAGUGAUUUUAAAUGAGAAGAAAACUUCAAGGAAAUUAUAUUGAUCGUACAUAUUUCAAUAGAUUAAAUGGUAAUAUAAAUAUACGUGGACAAAAUAUCGCAUAUUAAUUAAACAUUGACCGAAGUGAUCUCAGAAGUUUCUAAGAAGAGAUUUAUUCAAUGAAAUGGAUGGAUUAUUAAUCAAGAGGAUAUUUGCAGUUCUGAAAUUUGAAUUUUUACAGUGUACAUCGAGAUAUAUGUGAUGCAGAAUAAUUCUACUUUUUAAUUUUAAAGAAGAGAGGAAAAUAAUGGAAAUUUGUUUAAAAGAAGCUCAAAUUUCUAAUAGUUUUUAUAAAAAAAAGAUAUAAUAAUUUAUGUGCAAAGAGCAUACGCAUCUUCUCGCAAUUUUCACUUUUGUCAAAAACAUCAAAGAGGUGCUGAUAGAAAUAUUAUAUCUUAUUAUAUCUUAAUCUCUAGAGGAAAUAUAGAUUUUUUCUACGAAAUCCGUGUGUCUCCAAAACAUCGACUGGGACUAGUCGAUGGUAUAUCGCUAAGAAAAGUGUCGUGCUUUAUCCUGACAGAAAGAAGAAACACGACAAUAAUAGUGUGCCUGAUCUGAAGUCUUCCUGAACUCUGUUAGAGUACGUACAGUGACUAUUCCAAUGCGAAAAUUUACAUAUCGCUAUAUAUUCUUCCACAAUCAUAAUGGAAUAAGAAAAGAGCAUUUAACAACCCAAGUAACGUGAACAAUAACUGUAAUAAAAUAAUGUGUUAUAAGAUACAUAGACGAUAAUUUAUUCCUGAUAAUAAUAAGUUAUAAGCGUAAUAAUAAAUGGUUAAUAGAAUAAAACAUAAUAAGUAAUAAAAAGAGAAGAAAGAAUGAAGGAUACAAAGUAAAAAAAAACGUUAAUAACAUUGUGAAACAAUCGGGAACACUCGGAUAUGAGAUGAUGAGAGUCGCUUGAAGAAUAUCAAAGUGGAACGACGCAUAAGGAAAGGGAGAGACGGAACUCGUUAUUGUAAUCGUCAUCAUCAUUGUCGUCGCUGUAUGAUUGUUCUAGCUGGAAAAGCCAGGACAGCGGGUACAAAAGACACGGCGAUUGGAAAGGGAGAGAGCUAUUAUCUUUGCCUGCAAUCUUCCCCUGCUUCAGCCCUUCUGUUUCUCUUCACGAAGAGAUUAAAGCGUCAUAAAGUUACUUGCGCAACGUGGACCAACUGGGGCGUCUCGAGUUCAAUUAGCAACCUAAUAUUACCUUGCUAAUGUUAUUCCAUUUACCAUUACCAUCGAUUAUCAUCUCCUUUAUUUUAGGAUAGAAUAAAUUUGCCGUAAAGAGAAGCGCAGGAACACUCGAGAUAACUGUUGACCAUUAGAACCAAAAGAGGAUAGAAGAUAAAUUACAGCAGAGAUUAUCCGUAAUCAGCACAAUCAAUGAUUAUUCUACAAUCAGAAGUUUUUCACGAAAAAUUAAUAAUUAUUUCUACAUACUGUACCAAGUACGAGGAAGAAUAAUUUUAUUUCUAAAAAUAAAGAUAAAAUCUAUUAAAACUUAAGUUACGGUUAGAAAUUGCGCUAUGAGUAAAAAACAACAAAACCUUGGAAAAGAUCUUUAAAUUCGAUACUGAACCGGUUAUUAGAAAAGGCUAAUACAGAGUCUUCCUCGAGUUGCGUCAAGGAAGAUCUCUUCAAGAAAAGAAUCUCGAAAAGAAAUUCUUGUUCGUCGCUGUAUCCUGAAUUUUGAAGAAAUGGCAAUGUCGGCGACGGUAUCACCGGUGAAACCUGCGCGCGGACGUGGUCCGGCCGACGGUCGAGCCUUCUUUGAGACAUUGUGGCGAGGUGGCAACUUCCUACUGGAUCGACAAAAGGUGUUGAAACGCUCGCGCAAACGCAAAUUGCACUACGCGGCGGCUAAUAAUGGCAAAAGGAAACAGCAACAGCAAUUGCUGCAGAUGCAACGUCAACACUGCUGUUGCUGUCAGCGCAUUCAGCUGCACCUGCUCGCUGAACGGCGAAGCAAUAUGCGCUCCGUCGUCAGUGUACGGGAGACACACCAAAUCGCCGAGGCGCAGCAGGAGAAGAAUGCAAAGCUGCGCGAGGCAUUCGGCAUAUCUGAAUUCUUUGUGGAGGGCAGUAGUCUAGACCCGGAGCGGCACGCGCGCGAAGCGGAGGCGCGAGCCGCCGCUGCCGCCGCGAGCAAGGUCUACGAGCUGGUGCGCACACCGAGUCCGGCACCGCCGCCGUCGGUACCGGAAGCCACCGCAGCCACCGAGAAGAAGAAGCGGAAGCGUUCCGGCAGCUCGAGCGCGGGCAAGAAGAAGAAGGCUAAGAAGCACAAGCGGGAAAGAUCCGAAUCCCCCAAGUCCGGCAAGAAGAAAGAAAAAUCCAAGAAGAAAAAGAAAGAGAAAAAGCACAAAAAAGCCGAGACCACCUCAUCCGACAGCGAUUCCAGCGAGGAUUCCGAUGACAGCAACUCAUCCGAAGUCGAAUCGAAGAAAAGGAAAAAGAAGAGAAAGAAAAAGCUCAAAGCCGAGGGAAAGGACAAGCAUGAGAAGAAGAAGACUAAACGGAAACGGCAGUCAUCUGAUAGCUCUACGGACAGCUCUGUGGAAAGAUCGAAAAAAUCGUUAAAAUAUGAGAAAAACAUUGUGGUGGACAAGGCAUCGAAAAAUGAAGGUCCUGAGAGUACCACGAUCUCGCGAGAACCACUUCCUCCUCGAUCGAUCCGAUCACCGAAGCGAGAGACAUUGUCUCGAACAACAAUAUCUCGGAACGAAACUCCGCCGUUGCCGCCGUCAUCCGUUACUAAAACAAAGAAAGAUUCGCCAAAAAAGAGUGUGACAGAAAAACGAGACAAAUCGCCUGUAAAUCAUAACAGAAGCCCUGUUUCUUCAUCAAACAGACGACGUAAAUCGUCCUCCAGAAGUAGAGGUGAUAAAGGUGAUAGAGGCGACAGAGGCGAUAGAGGUGAUAGAGGUGAUAGAGGUGAUAGAGGUGAUAGAGGCAAUAGAAGCGACAGAGGCGAUAGAGGCGAUAGAAACGAUAAAGAUAGAGAAAGAGACAGAGGAGGAGGAGGAGGAAGAUCUCCCAGAAGGUACUCGAGGUCACGCCGUGCGAGUCCAUCUCCCAAACGAAGACGAGGUUAUUCUAGAUCGCCCAGGAGACACAGUAGGCAUUCCGUGUCCAGAAGCAGGAGUCGCUCAAAGUAUGAUCGUUACGGAUCUCGUAGGAGGCCCGUGUCUCCGCCAGCGAGACGCAGGGAAGUUGAUUCUCGUCGAAGAUCACGUUCGCCAAGGCGACAGCAACGUCGCCGAUCUCGAUCACGUUCCACUUUGAGCUAUUCGCCAGUUAGAAAGAAUCCAGAGCGCUACAAGGAUAUUCUAGAGGAUCAGAAAUUGCGACGAGAUCAAAAGAAGAAGACUAAGAAUGAUAAAAAGUCACGCUCGACAUCGAGAAGCAGGAAAACACAGCAGAUAGCGGUCGCGCCUAGGGUAAGUCUAAGAUCGUCGAGCGAGGAUGAAGCCGAUCUGGCUGAUGAUGAACCCAGCAAACAACAACAACAGGAGGAAGAUGAGGAAAGGAGGAUUAUAGAAUUGAAUACAUUAAAACGACUACAGAGUGGCCUGGCAGCGAAGGCGCGAGAGACAUUGGAGAAAAAGGUGAUCAGUCCCACUAAGAUCAAGAUUGAAAGGCGGGAAGAUGUGUUAGAUAUUGCUUUACCGAAUGAACCACCGAAAAAUAUUGCACAGAAUUCAACCGUACCGAUUCGAAACAGGUCCAGAUCAAAGGAACCAGUCAUACAAGCUCUACCGGUCAUUCAGUCACCGGUGUCCAGCAGAUCGCCCUCGCCGGCUUUACCUCUCACCCGAGAGGAAGCGACGAUUAAAAUUAGAUCGCCGAGUGACUCACCACCAUUGGCUGCACUUCCGUUAUCAUUUUUUGACAAGGUUGAUUCCGCUCCUUCUGUCGUGAAAACUAAAACGAAUAGUCAAUUUUCGCAAUCGCCAAAUUCUUCUGGUAAAAAGGACUCGCCAUCAAUCACGUCUUCGAAAAAGGAUACCUCGAAGAGGGAAGAGUCUCGUUCCCCUACCACGAUUAUAAGAGAAGAUGACAUGAUAACGAAACUACGUUCACCAAGUGAAUCACCGCCACCUUUGCUGAACAUUUCAUUAGCUAGAUUGAAUCGACGUUCGAGAUCACCAAAGAAGAGCAGAUCAUACUCCAGAUCGGCAUCAAGAUCAUGCACAAGAUCGCCGUCCGUGGACAAAGUAAGGUCUUCCAGAUCGCCAUCCGGAGACAAAAAAUUGCGGUCCCGUUCGCGAGGUAAGAAAUUAUCAACGUCACCUGGACGACGGUCGACCUCAAGAUCGACCUCUAGGGCGAAGAAAUUAUCACCUAAGGCGAAGCCGAAACAGCAGCGUUCGCCUCGAUCAAGAUCUUCCUCGGCGGAAUCAAAGCGCUCGAGCGCUUCGAGAUCGCUGUCGAGAUGCAAGAAGUCCGCUUCCAGAUCUAGAAGCAGAAAUCGAUCGUUGUCGAAAAGGAGAUCGCGCAGUCGUUCUUCCCUGUCGAAAAAGUCCAGAAGCAGAUCGCUGUCGAAGAAAAGAUCACGCAGCCGUUCGCUGUCAAAGAAAUCUAAGAGUCGCUCGCGAUCGGCAUCAAGGAUAUCCAGAGACAAGGACAAACACAGUCACACUAGAAGUAGUUCGCGUUCCUCUGUUAGCUCGAGACACAGUCGAGGUAGAAGUUUUUCUAGCUCAUCGAGAUCAUCAAGCAGUGUCUCCAGUCGAUCCUCCCGUUCCACUUCUAGUAGCUCUGCAUCCAGUAGAUCACGCUCACCAUCGAUACCUCGGCGUCAUGGUUCACCCAGCUUCCUGGAUAGACGACGUAUCACAAGCGCGAGGAAACGCCCGAUUCCGUAUCAUCGACCAACCCCGACACCACCCUCAUCACCAAGUAGUUCUGAGAGCAGCAGGCAUAGCAACUGGUCCAGUCCGAGUCAUCGAUCUAGCUGUUCUGCGAGUCGUAGUCCAUCUUACACGCGUUGAGAAAGACGCGUGAAUAAAAUCCCAGAGAAUAGGGAA